UUUCGGUUCAGCGAGCGAGGCUUCGGUGUCGAAAGCCCUCGCGAGUCGGGAAUCCCUCGAGCUCCCUCGACUCGAAGGUUUCGAAUCCGAUCUCUAGCUCUUAUCCCGCUCACGCUGUAGCGGACUCCAUUGUUUUAGCGAUUUUGUCCGCUUGAUCUCCUCUCGCACCGCUUUGGAUUGUUCUUUUGCUGCGGUUUCGUUGAUCUUUCCCGGUCUUGUUCUCCUUUUGUCGGUUCCAGACUCUAGUAUUUGAUUCGAUUUCUGCUGAUGCCGUUGGUGCUGGAUUGAGCGGGGUCUACUGUUGCUUCAUGUUGGGGACUUGGCCACCGGAACCAUUGAGAUGAAGAUACAGCAGAGUUGUGUUGAGAACAAGCAAUCAGCUGUAGCCUCAAUCUCAUCCCUGUCGGAGGGAAGUUUUGGUUUGUCUAGGGUGUCGCCUGCCGUUUCUAGCCCACCGACAUCUUUGCCGUCGAGGAGGAGAACUAGUGGUCCUACAAGGCGAGCUAAGAGUGGUUGGACACCGCAGGAUGAUGAGACAUUACGGAAAGCUGUUGAAGCUUACAAAGGAAGAUGUUGGAAGAAAAUAGCUGAAUCUUUUCCUGAUAGAACGGAAGUUCAAUGUCUUCAUCGGUGGCAAAAAGUUCUCAAUCCUGAACUUAUUAAAGGUCCAUGGACCCCAGAGGAAGAUGAGAAACUCACAAGUCUUGUAGCAAAGUAUGGGCCAAAAAAAUGGUCUGUCAUUGCAAACUCUCUUCCUGGUCGAAUUGGGAAGCAAUGUCGGGAGAGGUGGCAUAAUCAUUUAAAUCCUACGAUAAAUAAAGAUGCUUGGACUGAAGAGGAAGAACUUGCCCUCUUGAAUGCCCAUCAUAUACGUGGUAAUAAAUGGGCAGAAAUUGCAAAGGCCUUACCUGGAAGGACUCACAACUCAAUUAAGAAUCACUGGAAUUGUUCCUUAAAGAAAAAGUUAGAUUUCUUUUUGGAAACUGGUAAGCUUCCAAAAGUUGUAAAACCUAAGAUGCUUAAUGGCUCAAAGGAAAUAGCUGGAUCAGCCAGUUCCACGUAUUCUGGUCUGCCUACUGGACUAUAUAGAUUGGAAGAUAAAAAAAAUUGGUUGGAACUGUCAGCAGUUCAAGAAUCUAAUGCUGAAGCUGUUAAUAAUUCUACUGUUGAAAGCAGUAUGCUCACUCCACUAUCUGAUAUCUGCACUAUAUCUGAUUUGGGAACAGAGUUGGCAGAAUGUAGUAACACAGGUGAGAAUGAUCAAUUGAAUGGUACAUCUGCACCAUCAUUGCACCCGGCAGCUCCUAGUCUCCUUGGUGCUCUCUUUUGUAAGCCAUCUCUGCCAGAAGAUGUUUGCCAUUCCAAAGAUUCUGCUCUCUUCACCUCAUAUGACUCUACGCAACAAUCACACUGCUCGUUGAUUGUGAAACAGUCCAACGGUUAUCUGACUCCUCCCUCUGUAACCAGUAAUAAUGGAGUUUUCUGUGUUAAAUCCAUAUUAAAAAAUGCAGCUAGAAGUUACCCACACACUCCAUCUAUCUUCACGAGGACAAAAAGGAAUGCAGAAGCAUCCCUUGCUUCUGAUAGUACUUCACAGAAAAGUAGCGCAAAAUUUCUGGACAGUUCUGAUAAUGUGGAGACAACCAACACCUCAGUGUCAAAAUUCAGUUCGAGUCCUUGUAGUAGAGGGGCCAUAUUAUUCAAUGGGAAGAACUUCAAUGUUUCUCCUCCAUACAGGUUGAGGUCCAAAAGAACUGCAAUUAUCAAAUCUGUUGAGAAGCAGCUUGAUUUUGCAUUUGAGGAAACUAAUUGUGAUGAAAUGUCCUUCCAAUCAUAUAGGAGAGGACUCAUGGAGGCUUUGUCAAGUGCAAGGACAGAAAAUGUAGAGAUGGCCAUGACCUGAUGCACAAGUUGUAAGUACUUUUUGGAACCUUGCUUUGUUUUGAUUGAUGCAUAUUUUGAUCAACACAUAUACCUCCCUAUUGAGAUUAGAAGUUACAUCUUCAAUGUAUAAUUCUGUUUGUUUACUUUAACCUGUUACUGAAUUUUCAGUUUUACAUUUUAUAUUAUACUGUACUGGAAGCGUUCAUAAAUUGAUUAUGGAUAUUUCUAUUCGGUAAACAACAAUCUCCAAUUUUACCGGUCUGUGUUAAUGAGAUCCUCUUCAACCAUCCAUAGCGACCUCCUUGUCUGCAUCCAUUUUACAACUCAAUUGAAGAUUUCUGCUAAACGGUAAGUAUGAUCUGGUUAUUUGCUGAUAACAAACUAGCCACUGACUCUUCUUGUUCCUUUUGCUAGUGUAGGUAAGAGUCUUAUCUGGCCUUUGGAAGGUUGAAGAUUUUAUCUGUUUUUUCCGCUGUUUGAUACAGAAUGAAGUCUGAGUAAAAGAUUUGGCAGAUUGGUGAUCUCUCUCAUCUGGCCUUGGAAGGUUGAAGAUUUAAUCUGUUUUUUCUUCUGUUUGAUACAGAGGGAAGCCUGAGUAGAAGAUUUGGUAGAUUGGUGAUCUCUCUCUCCUUAUAAUUCUUAAUAAUUGGUUGGAAUGCCAGAGAAACCUGUUGUGUUUCUCAUCACAAAGUGUGCAGAUGAUGCCCCUUCUUUAUGACCUUGCACCAAAAUUUAUGAAGAUGUUGACACAUCCAAAAUACCUAAUUAAUUGUACAUAUAAACUCCUUCCGGUC